AUGUCGCCCUCCUCAGCACUCUCCUCGACAGCCCAGCAACCUUCAACCAUGGUGGGAACCACAGCUGCCGCGAAUGCAGCAAAACAAGCUGCCGCAAAGAUGCACCGUCGAUCACGAACAGGGUGCUUCACAUGCCGUCUGCGACGGAAGAAGUGUGACGAGGGUAAACACUCGUGUCGUGCUUGCAAGCAUCUUGGUCUCAAGUGCGAAUACAAGAGGCCAGUGUGGUGGAGCAACAAUGAACAGAGAAGAAACCAGAAGGAAGUCAUCAAGAACAUCAUCAAGCGCACCAAGCUGAACGAGAAGACCGCACAAGGAGUCGCAAUGGGUGCCAACACACCACCAAGUCUCUGCCACUCAGCCCAGACCGCUGAUCAUUAUUCUGACGGUAUUGCUUGCACUCGCGCACCAUCCGUUGACUCUCAAAACUCUCUGGACUACAGCUUCAACACAGUUACGCCGCCUGACUUCUAUAACGCGGCGAUGCCACCGCCAGUGUUCGCCCCCGUCUACCAACAUCCUGGACAAUUCGCACCUUACGAAAUCGACAUCAAAACAGAGAGUCAGAUGUUCAUCAACGACAUUCCCACUCGCAGGGACUCUACAUUUUCCACCUUCAGCCAUUACCAGACACCACCCGCUAUCGGCCAGGGUUACCCUACCGACAACUGGGUCCAGCAGGAUUAUUUCGAGAGCCAUCGCGAGUCUUUUGCUGAGGAGCCACUUGAGUUCAAUACCUUCGACUUCCCCACCCACGGCGCCUUCAGCCCCUCCCAUCAGCCCAUGGUCCAAGUGGACGAGUGUGAUCAACACCUUCUUACUCACUUCAUCGACAAUGUCAUGCACAUGGUGUACCCAGUGCUUGAGGCCAACCAGCCCGGAUCGGCUCGCGAUAAAGUUGUUUUGCCUGCGCUUGAGACCAACAAGGCUUACUUGCACGCCUGUCUGAGCGUCUCAGCGCUGCACAUGAAGACCACACAGGGACUGCAAGGAGAGCAAAUCGACCACGAUGUCUACAGGAAUCGCUUCGCGGCUGUCCAGCAGCUCACAGACUCCCUAAUGAGCGAUCGCGACCACGCCGAGACCCUCGAUGCUACUCUCGGAAUGAUCUACUUCCCUUGCUCGGUCGGUCGAUUCGACGAUGCUCUGGUCGACAUCCCGUGGCACCAGCACUUUCAAGCUGUUCAGAGCCUGGUCCACAAGCUGGAGCUUCCCAACCAGCUUGUCGCAAUGAAUGGUCAACAGCAGCCCCAGCCUCCUUUCAACAUGACCCUCGCUUCAUGGAUUGACAUUCUCGGCGCAACCAUGCUUGGCAGGACACCAUCCUUCGCUGACACCUACCGCGAGAAGCUGAUUGCUGAUGCACCAUCCGGUCUUGCUGAGCUCAUGGGCUGCGAAGACCGAAUCAUGUACUUGAUUUCGGAAAUCGCCUGUCUCGAUGCCCUGAAGCAGGAGGGCAUGGACGACGUCCAGCUCUGUCAACACAUUCAGCUUCUUGGGGAGCAAAUCAGCCUGACAGAGCCACCGAUUGGUUCGAACAACAGUGCGCUUUCAUCUACUGGUGAAGUUCUCCCCCGACAGCUCCGCAGAAAUAUGACUGCAGUCUACCGCCUGGCGGCUCGCAUCUACCUCUGCAGCCUGGUUCCAGAUUUCGACCGCACUCAGCCCAUCAAUGCCAAUCUUGUCAGCGCACUCAGCAAGGCUAUGGACUACAUCCCGGCUGGACCUGACGGCUUCGACCGCUCCCUCGUCUGGCCUCUGCUUGUUGCAGGCACAGUAUCUCUCCCCAACUCGUCUUUCCGCAAGAUGUUCUCCGAGCGCACCAGCCGUCUCGGAGAUGCCUCCAACUCUGGUUCAUUCGGAAGGAUGAAGGCGCUGCUCAACGAGGUAUGGGCAGUCAACGACCACAAUCUCUCCAAGGGUAUCAGACAGAGUGUCCACUGGCGGGAUACGAUGCAUCAGAAGGGCUGGGAUUUCUUGCUCAUCUGA